AUGGAUGAAAAUAUCAAUCACCUAAAUAAUGAUAUAACUAUACUAACACAAGAACCAAUCAAAAUAUCAAAACAGCCACAAAAAAUCUUAUCAGCCAAUACUUCAUUACUAAAUAAAGGAAAAGAUUAUGAAGAAUUAGAACGACGAUUUGCUGAUAUAAUCUUAAGAUUUGAUCAAUUGGAGACUGAAAAACAACAUGUGCAACAAGAACUUGACAUCAAAAAGGAAGAACUUUUGUUGAUGCAGUAUGAAAAUAAUGAAUACAAACUACAAAUUGAACAACUACAAUUAAAAUUACAAGAACUAGAGGAAAUAUCAACUAAAAAUGAAAUUAUGUAUAAACAAGUUGUGGAAGAACUUCGUAAAAAAAUACAACUACUAAACCUAAAUAAUUUAUCAGAUCAAGAUUCCAGGUACGAAAAAUUACUUAAAGAUUAUAAAAUUCUUGAAAAUCAAUUUGAUGUUGAAAAGAAUUCUAAAUUAGUGUUAAUGGAUCAAAUUGAAUUUUUAACUCAUCAACAAGAUACACCCACCACUGACGAAGAAAUAAUGGAUGAAUUUAUACCACAAAAAACAGAUUCAAGUUCGGAAUCAGUUGAAUUAAAUAAGAAUUUCCAGUUUCCUUCUCCUCCUCCACCAGAUCCAGAAUCCAAGUACUUAAAAAGACAAUCCUUACCAAUAGAUUUGACCAAAAAUUUUGUAUUAUCACCUUUCAAAUUAGCACCACCAGAAACUACAAAAAGUUACCCAUUAAAACCAACUCAUGUAAGAUAUAAUUCUCAUGAUAUAAUACCCAUAAAAGUUGAAUUUGAAACAAAUACUACACAAUCAGAAAAAAGAUUAUCUUCAGAACCACUUUUGGAGGAAGAUGAAGUUAACCAAUAUAGAAAUGAAGCAUUAUAUGCCUUAAAUGGAUUUGAUGAAACUGAAUCUAUAGAAAUUGAUUCCAGCUCCAAAAGAUCAAGUUAUUAUGGUAAUCAAACUCGUCAAGAAAUUACAAAAUUACAAUUUGAAUUACAAUCUUUAAAGUUACAUAAUGAAAAAUUGUUGUCGUACAUUGGGUUUGAACUCCAAAAACAAAAGAAAAACAUUAAAAAACUCGCCAAAAGACAAUCAAUGAAUUUUGAAUACUCAGAUGCAAAAUUAAUAGAAGAACUGAAAAAUUUACUAAUAAAUGAAAAAAGAGUUUUGCGAAGUGUUUCAAUAAAUUCAGUACCACCACAAGAACAACAAAAUUUUGUAAAUGAUAGAAUUGUUAAAAAAUUUGCAUCUCAAGUAUUUCAACCACCUUUGGAAGAAGAAGAAUCUUUUGCCUCUGUUGAAGAGGAAUCACUGUCUCUGGAAGAAGAAGAAAUGGGAAUGUUAAAUCAUAUAAAAAGUUAUGUGUUGGGUAAAGAAACUAAAAAGAGUAAAAACAAAUACAAAGAAGAGUUGGUGGAUGAUAAUUUGAAAUUUAAAUUUUUAACUAUAGCUUUGGGUAUUAUGAUUAUAGGGUUUAAACUAACUCCAAAAAAUUCCUCUACUUAG